AUGUUGAUACCGGUUCCGUCAAGGUUAUAUUCCCCACAAUCAGAUACAAAGCUAGCAGGUUUGAGGGUAAGCGUAAAAGACAUAUUCGAUAUCAAAGGCCUUAUCACUACCGCUGGAAGAAGGGUAUUUUCAGCAUGGAAAGAUAAAGCCAUGGACACAGCAGAUUGCCUCAGAAUCCUGGAAGAUGCCGGCGUCGCAAUUGUUGGCAAAGUCAAAACCUCACAGAUUAGACACCGACGGAUCAAUAAGGCAUCCGAGCUUGGUUUUAUGGAGGGUAAUAUCCUAGGAGACGAUGAGAUACCAAAGGCGAUUGAAGCAUCACUACCUUUGGCUCAUAGGGUAAGAGAAGCUUUUAAAGUGGUCCAAAACCAGAAGUGGGGCAACAAGGAAUUUGACGCAGCCAAAAGGAGAUUCAAUGAAGAUGGUAACUGGUUCUUGAAACUAUUGAGAGAUAACGCUGAGAACGAAAUGAACUCCAUCAUGUACGCUGAACUGACCGCAUUGGAUUGGAUACCGAUUUAUCGCGAAAAACGACUGAAUGACAUCGCUCGUGCUAUUGCCAAAAGAACAAGUCCCCUGGGACCCUAUAUUCCGGCUAGUGUGGGUGGAUGUCCUCAUUUUAUCAUGCCGAUAGGUCAGACCGCGUUUCAAAGUCCUGUAUCUCACACCAGAACAAUGGCAAAGGGUUUGCGUAAGUCUAGUAGGACCACCAAGCUCUGA